UUAGUGAAUACAUAACUUUAUAUUGUUAGCUUGCUUAUUCAUAAAAACUUUGAUUAAUAAAUUCAAAAUUAAUCUUAUAAUUUUUAAAAUAUUUGUAUCAGUAAUUUACUUUUUUACUUAAAGACUUACAGAUAAAUGUCUGGAAUUACUUAAGAAAGUAGGAAGCAUAUUUUAGAUGUUUUGAGAAACGAAAGGAAUGAAAUAUAAAAGUUGUUGAAAUAGAAGUCUUCAGGAUCUUAGAAGAGAAUUUCAUAAGAUAAGCAAAAAGAAUAAAUUGUGAUUCAAGAUUAAGCUGAGGAAUAAAGCAAUCUUUUUUAAUAAUAAAACCUGUUUAAUCAGAUACCAUCCAAUUCUAAUAGCAAAAGAAAUAGCAUUCUUAGUGAAGAAGGGGAUUAGAAUUAACAAGGUUCAGAGCAUAAUAGCGAUAGCAAUAACUUUAGUGCUUAAAACUAUAACUACACUUUUAACAAAUAUCACAAUUAGAUUUUGUUAGAUUAAAUGAAGUUGUCUAAAGAAUAAAUUGAGGAAAACUAAAGAUAUUUGAAUAGAGACAUGGUAGAAUAAGAUCAAGAAUUAGAAGAAGAUGAUGAUGAAGAUGAAUUAAACGAAGUUAACAAUUAGAAUCAUUACAACUAAGAGCAAUAUUCCUAAGAGGAUGAUCAUAAUUAAUAUUAAAACAGUUACUCUUAAAACACAAGCAAUAACUAACAUUUAGAGUAUGAAAACUAGCAAUAAUAUAGCUAGUAUGGCGAUUAGUAUUAAGAUGAGUAAAACUACAAUUAAAUUAAACGUGAUAACUUUUUCUAAGUAGAGAAUGUUUAGAAUAGAUAAAAAUCAUAGAAUUAAAAUAAAUAGAAUAAAAAUAGUUAACAACGAAAUAAUAAUAAUUAAUAAAAGUACUUUAUUAGUGAUAAACCAGUAAAAAAUUAAGAUUCAUUAAGAGUAAAUAAAAGCCAUUAAGAUUUAACUCAUAACAAAAAGGGCAGCAAUGAAUAAGUUAAAACUGCAAAAAAUACAGUCAAAGAUUUAAAGAGUAAACUUCUUAAUCUCAAAGAAUAAAAAGAUAAAAAAUAAAAAGAGCUGAUAUAGCACAGAAUUGAAGAUUAAGACAAGAAAAAGCAUGAACAUACUUUCCAUGCCUAGUGCAAACUAUCAAACGAGUAAGAACUGCUCAGAAAAAAUAUACAUAAAGAUCCUCUCACAGAGGAGGAAAGAUGCUCAGCCUGGCUUAGAUUAUAUGAUGACAAAAAAUAAUUUCACGAAUAAAACGAGUAAGAAAAGAAGAGAAUUGAAGAAACCAGAAUCAUAACUAAUUGCUAAAAAAGUCCUGAAAUAAACCUAUUAAGCAAGGUGAUAGCAGAAAACAAAAACAAAGAAAAUAAUUUACCAGUUGAAGAAAGAUUAAAUUUAGAGGCAAUUAAGUACAGACAAAAAAUAUAAAAAUAACAAUAAGAAAAGCAAGUAAAGGAAACUGAAGAUUUAACUUUUAAACCUUAAAUUUACUCUCAGCCUUUACAAUAAAAACCUCCAAUUUACGAGAGAUUUACAGAAAUAGCUAAGAAAAAAUAGGAUAUUAUUCAUUAGUUAAAACUAAAGGAGUAGUCUAUGUUUUAGCCUUAGAUCAAUCCUAAGAGUGCAGAAAUAGCUGAAACAAAGAUAAAUAACAAAGAUGUAGCUGAAAGAUUAAAUCAGGAGUUUUUUGAAUAAUAAAAAAGAAAAGAGAAAUUGUAGACUUAGAUUUACGAGGAAGUGAACAAAGAGUGCAAGUUCCAUCCUUAGACGAAUCCUGCAAGCAUAUAAAUAGCAAAAUAGCUUCCACUUUACGAUGGAAGAGCUGACGUUGUUUAACGUUAGCAAGUACUUGAAAAGUAGUCAAGAGAUAAAAAAUAAAGAGUAGCAUAAGAAUUAGAAAAAGACAAAUGCUCUUUUAAACCUGAGAUAAAUUAAAUCAGCGAAAUUAUAGUGUAUGAAAACUAAGGGAGAUUAACAGAAACAUAAGAUUAAAAAAUAGAGAGAAUGUAUAAAAAAGAAAUAGAAAUGAGAAAAAUGAAAAAUGAUUAAAGAUAAAAGGAAUAUGAAUCUUAAAUGACCUUUACUCCAUCUAUUAACGAAGUCUCUAGAUAUAUUGUUAAUGAUAAAUCAAGAGAUCUUGAUGAGCUAGCUUACAAUUACACAGGAAAAAUGCACAUUAAAAUGCUUUAAGAAGAAAAAGAAUUCGAAAAAAUGAAGGAAUGUUCAUUUUAUCCCUCAACUUCUCAAAGUAUUAAAUAUAUGCACGUCCCAGCAUAUUAUAACUAAGAAAAGUGCCAUAAGAGUGUAAAAAUGGAGGUCUAAAUUAAAGAAAAGAAACUUAGAGAGUAAAAGAAACAAUACAUUAAUAAAGAGCUCAAGGAAUGCACUUUCACUCCAACAAUAAAUAAAAACAAGAAAGUGGAUAAAAAGCAAAAUAUUGAUCGAGUAAAGGGACUUGAAAAUUUCCUCUAAAAUAAGGACAGAGCAGAAAGAUAAAAAUAAGAGCGUAUCCAUAAAGAAGAUCAAGUAUUCAACCUUCAUAAAAGGUAUGAUACUGAAACCAGAUAAAGCAAAACGAAACCAUAGCCAUUUAAGUUAUCCCAUUAUAAUAAAUAAUAACAAUCUGUUUAAUGA